AUGAAGAAGUGGAUCUUCAAACUCAUUGGCUUCCUUUGCAGCCUCUGGUCUUUGGCAUUUGGACUAAUCCUUGUACACAGCCGAUACUGGCGCCUGUGGGAAUUCGACGACAAAUAUGUUCAGCUUGUGUACAUUGGCCUCUGGGAAGCUUUUUACAAUCAAGAUUUAAACAUCUCUACCUCGGUGGUCAGUAUUCCAGUGCACAUCCCGGUCAACUCAAGCUGGACAAUUUCACCUGAAUUUCGGUAUGCUCGGAACCUGAUAUUGCUGUCGAUUUUGAUAAAACCUGUUAUCCUGGUUUGCAGCUUAGUGGCAAUUAGAAUCAGCAUCAUAAAAGCCGAAGUCCCUGAUAUACAGGUGGUCUGCUACAAGGGCUAUGCCUUAGUUCUGGUUCUCAGCGGUCUUUGCACGGUUCUUUCUGUCACCUGGAACCAUGUAGUAGAUCUUUAUGGUGAAACAACCCUUGACUUUCCACCCAAUUUUCCUGUUAGGAAAGAAGCCCUGAUAAAGAAACACCACACUCAUGUGUUUCCUAUUGGGAUCAUGGCAACAAUUCUUUCACUGGUUUCUGUAGUUAUGAUCCUCAUUGAGAUCAGGUCAUUGAAACUACAGAGAAAAGUCAAGGCCUGGAAUUCUUCCAAACAGGUGGAUUAAAAGGUCUGAAGUGUCAGCUCUGGUAUUUCCAA